CAGCGGUAUUCCGUUUUCACGUAAAUUACGUUCUGCGGUGUUUAAAAACGCUUGAAAAUGGCGAAAAAAACGAUUUUUGUUACAAAACCACAAUGGCAAUAACAAUUUUCGAAAAUUUACCCGCCGACGUUUUUACACUAAAGUGGUACAACCUUCCUGUUGGUAGUUCAAAUGACUGAUAUGACUAUGGCUGCGUCAUCUGCCGAUAAAGAUUGAUAAAUAUUUUAUCUUCAUCAUCAUAUUUAUCAAAUCUAUGAACUGAGCGUUUUUUCCAACCCCGCAAAAAGAUGUGGAAAGCGUCAGCGGGACAGCAAAUCAAAAUCAACGAGAGCACCGAGGACGACGACUGGGAAACUGACCCCGAUUUUGUGAACGAUAUAGACGAGCAGCAACAAAGAUGGGGCUCGUCCGCUGGGCGGACUGCAGGGGCUAUCGAUAUGCAAAAACUGCGAAAGGAAACGGAAGAAGCGGAUGCUAUGAAGAAGAAAAAGGCUCUCCAAGAAGCUCCCGACAAUCCAGCCUUUGGGUAUGGCGGAAAAUUCGGAAUUCAAAAAGAUAGAAUGGACUCAUCUGCUGUCGGGCACGAAUACAUAGGGAAAGUGGAAAAGCAUGCAUCUCAAAAGGAUUAUUCUACAGGGUUUGGGGGAAAAUUUGGUGUACAGACAGAUAGGGUAGACAAGAGUGCAGUCAGUUGGGACCACAAAGAGAAAAUUGAGAAACAUACAUCCCAAAAAGACUAUGUUUCUGGUUUUGGGGGAAAGUUUGGGGUGCAAACUGAUAGACAGGAUAAAUCGGCAGUGGGAUGGGAUCACAUUGAAAAGGUGGAGAAGCACGAAUCCCAGAAGGACUAUGUGAAAGGGUUUGGGGGUAAAUUCGGCAUCCAAGCGGACCGCCAAGACAAAUCGGCCGUAGGUUGGGACCACCAUGAAGCGCCUCAGAAACAUGAGAGUCAAACUGACCAUAAAAUCGGUUUCGGCGGAAAAUUUGGGCUCCAGACAGACCAGGUCGACAAGUCGGCCGCGUCGUUUGAUGAGCCGGCGACAAAGGUUGGGACAAAUUACACCAAAGUUAAACCCGAUAUUGGCGGAGCCAAGCCAUCAGACUUGAGAGCCCGAUUUGAGCACAUGGCGUUAAAGGAGAACCAGCAGAGCUCUGCUAGCAGUUUGCCAACUCAGAGGAAAAAUGUUUUAGCGAAAGCGGCUAUAUUUGCAAAAUCUGACGAGGAGAAUCUAGUUUCCCCCGAGAAAUCGGCCGCAAUUCCGAAACAAUUGGACUCGUCCAAAAUGGCUUUUUUGACACAAAGCUGUGAACCUUCAGAGGUUCAAGAAAAAUUAGCGCCUCAAAAAAUUAAUCAGAACAAAAUUGCUCAAUUCACAGCUCAAGUGGAAGAGAGGGAAACCAUCUCCAACCCCAUCAAGGAGGAGUUGGAGCUGUUGAAACAAUUGCAGAGGCAGAAACAAAAUGAUGACGAUGUCGAGGAAGAAAGUCAGACGUCCUUGCAGACCAAAGAGGAUCUUUACGAAAAUUAUGAGGAGAUUGCCGAGUCUAAAGGUAUAGUGGUCGCUUCUCCGGCCCAGGUUGAAGCAGUGGAGGAGCCCGAGUACUACAGUCAAGAGGAUAUUGUCGAUACAGGAAUAUCAGCCUGGGCUUUGUAUGAUUAUCAAGCCGCAGCGGAAGAUGAGAUAUCCUUUGAUCCUGAUGAUGUAAUAACUCACAUAGAAAAGAUUGAUGAAGGAUGGUGGAGAGGUUUGUGCAAGGGAAAAUAUGGCCUCUUCCCGGCAAACUAUGUACAGUGCAACGAAUGACCUCCAUUUAACUCAAUAUAUAAGUAUUAUAUUGUACUUACUAAGAUCAACACUUGUUUUAUUUUGACAAUAUGCUUUAUGCAAUAAAUUUUUG